CUUUUUAACCAUUUUUCUUGUUUUCCUCUCAACUUGGCACUUGCACCACUACUACUCUCAAAGUCGUCCAAAGCUCUUGUAUAUAAACAAGGGCUAAAGUUAAAGGGUGUUUAUUAUGAUGACCUUAGAUACUUGUUAGCUAGCAUAUGGCAAUUGCAGCAGCCAUGAGCCAAGACGACAAGGAUGAUCACGACCAUGACAUGGUGAUGCCGGGAUUUCGGUUCCACCCCACCGAGGAAGAGCUCGUCGAGUUCUACCUCCGUCGCAAAGUUGAAGGCAAGCGCUUCAAUGUCGAGCUCAUUACUUUUCUCGAUCUCUAUCGCUACGAUCCCUGGGAGCUUCCUGCAUUGGCAGCCAUAGGGGAGAAGGAGUGGUUCUUUUAUGUCCCUCGUGACCGAAAGUAUCGGAACGGUGACCGACCCAAUCGUGUAACCACCUCCGGCUACUGGAAGGCCACCGGUGCAGACCGGAUGAUCCGGACUGAAAACUUUAGAUCAAUUGGACUAAAGAAGACACUGGUCUUCUACUCCGGGAAGGCUCCAAAAGGGAUCAGAACCAGUUGGAUCAUGAAUGAAUAUCGUUUGCCCCAGAAUGAAACCGAGCGCUACCAGAAGGCCGAAAUUUCUCUUUGCAGAGUCUAUAAGCGAGCGGGGGUAGAAGACCACUCCCCACUCCCUCGUUCCGUUUCAUCUACACCGGCGGCAUCCUCAUCGAGAGCAAUCCAGCAGACCGACAAAAAGCAGCGUGGCACAGUCGUCCAGCAGCGUGCAACGGCCAGCUUCCAAGCUCUUGGAGAUCAUUCAUCUCCGUCGGAGAUGGAAAAGUUGCAGGAAGCAGACGGAAGCAGCAGCACGGAACCGGCCGGGACUGUCCUUGGGCUAUCCAAGCCUACAGCUUACAGUGACAUAGCUUCGAUAACCUCGUUGCAGGCACCAAAUCCAGAAGAAGAAGACGUGACACUUCUAUCCCACCAUUCCAAGCAAGUGGAUUCCCUACUAACUGCAGGAUGCACCAGCACUCUCUUCACUUGUGCUGCUUCCAUGCCAGUUACUACUCCAGUCGACGAGCUCCACAGACUAGUAGAGUAUCAACGAGGUUACACAAACCAGCAGCAUCAUCAUCAUCAUCUUCACACCCAAUUCCUCCCUUUACCAUCACAACCUCAAAAUCUAGCUCUCAACAUCCUACCCAACUCUCAGCUGCCAACCUUCUCGGAAAAGGUUUGGGAGUGGAAUCCCAUCCCAGAUGCUAACAGAGAUUAUACUAGUCCUUUCAAGUAAUUAAUCAAGCUAAGGAACAACAUAUAUAAUAUAUUAGUUAGAUACAUAUCUUAUAUU